AUGUGAGCCGCAGAAGAUGCUGCAGAGCCUCGAGCUAACGUGUUCCUUUUGCACUGACAUGUAUCCUCUCCCACUCUGCUCUCGUGCUGCCCAUCUGACACGGCCUCCGCGCUCCCCGAAGCUCCACAAGCUACCACCCCAAAAGCACCGUCGCAUCUCUCCCCGCGGGCUCCGCCUCGUGAAACGCGUCUACUCCCGUGCAUAGUCGCGGCUUCCGUCAUCCGCCAUCCGCCAUCAGCCGGCCUCGUGCGCAGCAGGCAUCUAUAUCUGCCUCCAGACCACCAUGAGCGUCGCUCCCCAUCCUUUCGCCAGCCCCAACGCUAUCCCACCCCGCACAAGCUCGACCGGUAUCGUCGGCACACCACACUCCACCAUACACCCGCGUCCCUCUGUGCUGCGCCCGCUCAGCGAACUCGAUUGGAUGGGCCAGAGCAAGAAGAGCAAGACAUCGCACAACCCCAACUUCUCGCCCGACGCCAUGGCGACAGAUGCACGCGCGACGGCGAGUUUGGAGGUCAGCACCAACUACCCUACGCCGCUGAGUCCGCCGUCCGAGUCGAAGGGCGUAGGCGAGGACCUGAUAUUGGGCAACGGGGUUGCAUGGACCGAGGAGAAGGAGCGCAUACUACUGGGGCCGUAUGACUAUCUGUUUGGGCACCCCGGGAAAGAUAUCCGGAGUCAGUGUAUUGCGGCCUUCAACAAGUGGCUGCAGGUGCCCGGGGAGAGGUUGGAGGUCAUCACGCGGGUGGUGGGCAUGCUGCAUACUGCGUCGUUGCUUGUCGACGACGUGGAAGACUCGUCGGUUUUGCGCCGCGGAAUCCCAGUCGCUAAUAGCAUCUUCGGCGUGGCGCAAACAAUCAACUCGGCAAACUACGUCUACUUCAAGGCCUUGCAAGAUCUGCUCCUCAUGAAUAACCCGAAACUCGUUGAGAUAUUCACAGAAGAGCUGCUGAAUCUGCAUCGCGGGCAGGGCAUGGACUUGUACUGGCGCGACAGCCUGACAUGUCCGAGCGAAGCAGACUAUCUAGAGAUGGUGGGGAACAAAACAGGGGGACUGUUCAGACUGGCAAUCAAGCUGAUGCAGGCAGAGAGUACAGUGGACAUCGACUGCUCCCCCCUAGUCUCCACAAUCGGCCUACUCUUCCAAAUCCUCGACGACCACCUCAACCUCCUCCCCACCAGCUCCUACACCUCCCUCAAAGGCCUCUGCGAAGACCUGACAGAAGGCAAAUUCUCCUUCCCCGUCAUCCACGCUAUCCGCGCCGACCCCACAAAUCAGAUCCUGAUCAACAUCCUCAAGCAGAAGACGACGGAUGAGGAGGUCAAGCGCUAUGCGCUCAGGUACAUGGAGAGCAAGGGCAGCUUCGAAUAUAGUCGCGGGGUGAUCGAGGAGCUGAGGGGGAAGUGCGAGGAGUGUGUGGGGAUGGAGAGGGUGUGAGUCGUACCUGUAUAGCUUCUUGCCGCUCAGCCUUAAUAUCGCCGCGGUCGAUGCGGGCGCGCAUAUUCUCCAUGACGGCGGGACGGGAACGCCCGUUUACGAAGACGCUGCGCGGGUUGAUUAGUAUGCGCGGACUCGGAGGCAUGUCUCGUUGCAUCACCACGGCGGGAAGCAGACAGAAAGAAAGAAACAAAGAAGAUCAGCCACAUCCAAACAAGCACACAGAAACACACCCACGCAUUCACACAACCACUUACACAUAUCUCAGCCCCGGAAACCUCUCCUCAU